UCUGUGCUCUCUCUAGCACACGUGCACUCCAGCUUUUGCUUCCCCAAAACCUGUUUUUUUUUUACUGAACACACCUUUUCAGCUUCCAUGAUGCAUGGAAUUCUCCUCCAACAACAACAAGGAGGAGGACACAACCACAGGAGAGAGAAAGAGUCGUAGUGUCUUUGCUUUGAUUGUUCCUCGCGUAGGCCCGUGCCUGUUUGUCGCCGUCAUUAGCGACCCACCACUCCCCUUCAAAGUUUUGAAUUCUUCUCUCCUUCGGUUUUUUGAACAUUCAAGAGAGGGACAUGAUGUGAGAACCGAGGGUGAAAAGGUAUUGGAUUUGGACGGCCUAUCGUUUGGUGGGUCUGGAUCUUGUACUUUGGGAGAAAAAGAACCGGUCACACUUCGUUCUUUUGUGGAAAAAAAAGAGUUGCAAGCUUUCUUGUCUUGCUGAAAUCCGGCACAUCAGAUAUGAUCUUCUCGAUCUGGAACUGAAUUUCCUCAGCUUUUCUGCUUCAUCUUUCUCACCACAACUUGAGGGUUGUUUUGGUGGAAGGAGAUGGGCAAAGAACGCGGAAUGCAGCAUUUUCUGGAGAUCUGAGUUUUUGUUCUGCUCUGCUCUGUAUCUUUGGUCAUCUAAAGGGAAAUGAAUCAGAAGAUGGACUUUGUGUGCAAGUAUUGCAACAAGAGGUACCCGUGUGGGAAAUCUCUUGGCGGUCAUUUGAGCUCUCAUAAGACAGGGGAUGGUUUCGCUGGAGAAGAUGGUCGACAUUGUAAUGAUCGUGGAGUCAAGGAGCUUCGAGUUGAGGGGAAUUCUGGCCUCUGCCUCCAUAUGAACUGGAAAGAUAUGAGAUUGUUCGAGGAUUCGGGCAGUAUAAUGCGAGUAGGGAAUGUGUGUAAAGAGUGUGGGAAAGGGUUUCAGUCAUUGAAAGCUCUUUGCGGUCAUAUGGCUUGUCAUUCCGAGAAAGAAAAGGCGACCAAUCACCGAAAGGAUGUGUUGGAGUACAGCGAGAAGCAGAUCCUAGAAAUGGAUGUAGUCCCGGAUUCAGAAGCGUCAGCUCAAAUUCAGCGUAGGAGAUCAAAAAGAAUCAAGUGUAGAGUUCCUGCAAAGAUCUUGGUCAGCGGUUCAUCGUCUGUUUCCGAGAUCGAACAAGAACAGGAAGAGGUGGCAAAAUGUUUGAUGUUGUUAUCUAGGGAUACUAGUAAUUUUAAGGGUGCUUGGACUUGGAUCCGAGAUGGUGCAGAUCAUGAUUCGGAUUAUUUAGAAGCUAAAUCAUCGUCGAGCGAUGUAAGAAGUGGGAAAUCGGGUGAGAUUGAUGUUUCUAACAGUUACGGUUCUGGAUAUGUGAAGAAGAGGGAAUCUGAUUGUUAUGUUGAUGACAAUAUCAGCAUUCGUGAGCUUAAGAAUCGUAAAUUAGUCUACGGAUCUAAAGCUAGGGAAGAUGGUGUCGAAUGGAGGAAAUGGUUGAACAGAAUCAAACACGAAGCCGAAGGAGUAGAAGGCACCAUAAGGGAAGCAGUAGAUGUUUCAAGAAAGAGAGUCGAAAAUGAUAUGCAAAGAUCAUUCAGUGAUUGGAAAAAUGGAUCUGUGAUUGGUGAGAAGAUCUCUGAGUCUCCCAAGAAACUUGCUAAGCACAAAGACUGCCAGAAGAAGUUAAAGAUGAGCACCUGGUCCAAAUAUGAGAGGAGCAAAACUGGCAGUGAGAUUGAUACAUCUCACAAUCCUUCGCAAGUGAUUAGUGAUCCGGAGCUUUUCACUGGUGGAAACGCGACUCGAAAGGAGAAAAAACCAGGUACAAAGAAGAAGAACAGGCAUGAAUGCCCGAUCUGCUUCAGGGUCUUUCGGUCAGGUCAAGCUUUAGGAGGUCACAAGAGAUCGCACUUUUUAGGGCGGUCCAAAGACAAAGCCAUGGUGACAGGGCGACAAGUUCAUGAGGUUCCUGCUUUAAUUGAUCUCAACCUUCCUGCUUGGGAAGAGGAAAAUGGUGAGGCCGGUUUAUUGUCUUGGUAAAGGUAGGUCUCUUGCAGCAACCUUUGGGCAUGAAGCUGGGGGGCAUUCCAAUGCACCAACCAAAUCGGGAGAAUCUUUCACUUCUUCCUUUUGCCCGAGAUUCAACUAUCUCCAAGAUGCUCUAUAUUCUGCUUAUGAUUGUGUUCGCCAGAGAAGAUCUCAAUCGGAACUUCUCAAAUUCUUUUCUCAAUUCUUGCAAUGUCCUGAAAUGUCUCUGUAGAGAUGAAAAAGAGAAUGAAAAAAAGAACACUUUGAUUCAUUUUGGAAUAGGUAACUGGAUUCAGUGAUAUUUUUCUUGAAU